UUCUCAGGCAGGAAGACACCCAGUAUAGUCUGAAUCGACCGUUUGAGACGCUGGUUUCGGUUUCGGACACAGCCAUGCAGUGAAGGCAGGCCAGUAAACACGGCGCAGAGGAAGAAGCAGUUCAGUUUCAUUACCACCACCUUCUGCUCAGUGUUACAAGGACCUUCGGACUGAGAAAGACGGCAAGAGAAGAGCGCCAGGUGUGAAGAUGGAGCAGGAGGCCUUGUCCAGUGCCCUGAGCUCUGUCAGUCUGGACCAUAAGAUGGACACCUUCAGGCUCUACAUGGUCACAUGGAAUGUGGCUACAGCAGAGCCUCCUGAUGAUGUCACGUCACUGCUCCAGCUUAACUCCUCAAAGAAAGCGGACCUCUAUGUGAUCGGCCUACAGGAGGUGAGGGCAGCACCUCUGAAGUUUGUGAUCGAUCUGGUGUUUGGCGAUUCCUGGAGUCACUUGUUCAUGAACACGCUGGCCCCUCUGGGCUAUGUUAAAGUGUCCUCCAUACGAAUGCAGGGCCUGCUCCUGCUGUUCUUUUCAAAGAUAGAGCACGUCCCCUUCAUCAGAGACAUCCAGGUCACGUACACUCGCACUGGGAUCUAUGGGUACUGGGGUAAUAAAGGGGGAGUGACCAUCCGUCUGUCCUUCUAUGGCCAUAUGCUCUGUUUCCUCAACUGUCACCUUGUUGCAGACAUGAAAUAUGCGUCAGAAAGAGUGGAUGAAUUUGAGUACAUCUUGGAUUCCCAAACCUUCCAGGGGAAAAAAGCUCCCUCCGUUUUAGACCACAAGGUGCUCUUCUGGUUUGGAGAUUUGAAUUUCCGUAUUGAGGACCAUGGGAUGCAUUUCAUUCGAAACUGCAUCACAAGCAAGAAUUUCAACUCGCUGUGGUCCAAAGACCAGCUAACUGUGAUGAAGGAGAAGGUGCCUAAACUGCAGCAGUUUGAAGAAGGACCUCUUGAUUUUCAACCCACUUAUAAAUUUGACUUGAACUCUGAUAACUAUGACUCAAGGGUACAGAAGGCUUGGUUUGGUCUUAAUGUGAAAAAGCGGAGGCCUGCGUGGUGUGAUCGGAUUCUGUGGCGGGUCAAGUCCAGGCCACCCCCACCUGAGGACAUUUUCGAAGAGGAUGAUGAUGAUGCAGCCAAAGAGAAGAAGAAGGAGCUGCUAGAGGAUCUGGUGGAGAAAUACCCUCUGAAAGUGGUCCAGGACAGUUACACCAGCAACAUGGAGUAUGGCGUCAGCGACCAUAAGCCUGUCAUUGGCAUCUUCAGACUGGAGCUGAGGAAGGUAUACGACAUUCCACUGGUGCGUCUGUGUGCUGAAGGUGACUGGAGUGCAGAUAUGGACGCCUUGGUGUCUUAUAGCCCACUGCAGCCCUUCCCCUCCAGUGCCUGGGACUGGAUUGGCCUUUAUAAGGUUGGAUUCAGAAGCAUUAGUGACUACAUCACCUACACCUGGGUAAAGGAUGACCAAGUGGCCUUCAAUGAUGAGGUUUAUGUAAGCAAGGAGGAGAUUCCAGUCAAAGGGGGAGAAUGUGUGCUCUGCUACUACAGUAGUAACUUGCAAUGCAUUGUGGGAGUUAGUGAACCUUUUAAAGUUCAUGAGUCCAGAGCAGCCAUUGAAGAAGGAGUAUUGCCUGAGAAUAUUAAUGGACUGGACCAGGCAGUGGCCAGUUAAGACCAUGUGGUUUGCCUUUUUACCAACAUGCACUUUCAGAGUGCUCAGUGUUGGAUGCUCUUUAACUACUUCUUGCUUCAGAAAUAGCAUCGAUAUGUGGAGGCAUUCAAGCAAGUGCAAUUUUAUCAGAACACUGCUUAGAGUGUUUUACUGAUUCUGUGAUUUGUUUCGUUCUCCGUUUUUUUUUUUUUUGCGUCAUUUCUGCUACUGUACCUUUUAACAGUGAUAUUUGGUCCACUAUGGCCCAUAAUUGUUUUAAUUGUAAAUCCUCUAAGCAGAGUAAAAAACUGCCAAAGAAAUGUAAUCAAGUUCCUACAGACCUUUUCUACAAUAGCUUCUGCUUUGCGUCAAGAAUUUGUUACAUUUAGCCUUACAGUCACUGUAAUAUCGGAAAACCUUUGUGUUUGUUUUAUCUAACUUUUACAGGUUUUACAUCUUUUUCUCCCUCCAUUCAACUCCAUCGUGUUAAUGUACUGUAAUCAUUCUCAUCAGUAUUAUUGUCACUUUGUCAUUCUAUUUCAUUUAAAUCAGAUCUGUUACAACGAAGUACAAGUGCUGCGCACAAAAGGAUUAUUAGAAAAAGGUCCGAAUUUGCACUGAUUUCUUUGACGUGUAGUUUGUGUGAAAUAAUUUACAAUUUGUGUAAGUAAGUAACAUCACAUGUACAUGAAAUCGGGUGAGAAAUGAAGCAUUGAUUUAUUUUAUUUCGCGCUGUUAUUCUUGAACUGUAUGAGGUGUGGUCUUAAUCUUGUCUCAAGCCAGAUAUACUACUGGUAAUAACAGAUAUACUGUUUUAUUUAUGUAUACUGUGUUAUGUUAUUUAAAUAUAAGGCACACAGAUUUAUUGGCAAUUUACUGUAUUUAUACUUGUGUUGUACAAAAGAUGUAAAUCAUUAGUCUCUGUUUAAACCAGUAACGUUUUCUAAAUAUGUUCAUAUGCAUAGCAGCGUUGUGGAAUUUAAUUCAAAUA